UAAGAUCAGACAGCGCUAGACUUUCGUACAACGACGACACGCGCGCGCGCAUACUUUUCUUUUACAUCUCUCAAUACAGAACUGUUUUGACACACAAAAAUAUAAUCGCGAGUGUGUGACUUUAUUUAGCUCAACAUCUCUCAACUUGUGGUGUGACCCUUUCUUUGCGAAAAUUUAGUUUUUUUUUUCAUCUUCCGAAAAAAUUGACAUUUGUGUGAUUAUUUGGACGUUGAAAACCAACAAAUAAAAAUCAAAUCAAAAAAGAAAAAAGAAGUGUUUGGAUAAAAGUGCUUGUUGUGAACAUUUGAGAGGAUUUCACGAUCACUGUGGAUCUUUCCUUCAAUAUGCAUCCCGAUCCAGGAAUAAUAUUUUCAGCAUCACCAGGGGUUUUGCGACAACGUAUGAUGGUAGCUGGAUUCGUGGAGCGGCAACAGAGCUGUAGCCCGUCAAAUGGUGAAGGACCCCCAAUGGGGCAUCAUCAAAUGCACUCCCCGCGGGGUCAUAUGGAAAUGUACCAUGAACAUACAUCCUCAAUGAGUCCCAGAUCCCCCGGUGCCGAUAGCUACGGGCAACGUGAACCAGGUGGCAAUCAAAACUACGAAAUUGGCUCGGCAGCCCAUCUCAAACGGAAGGAACUUUUUACGCAGCGCAAGCAGAGAGAAUUCAUUCCGGAUAACAAGAAAGAUGACAGCUACUGGGAUAGACGAAGGCGCAACAAUGAAGCAGCCAAGAGAUCCCGUGAAAAGCGUCGUUUCAACGAUAUGGUACUGGAACAACGGGUUGUGGAGCUAACAAAGGAGAAUCACGUCCUUAAAGCCCAAUUGGAAGCCAUAAAGGACAAAUACAAUAUUUGCGGGGAAAGUCUCGUGAGUGUGGAUCAAAUCAUGGCAACACUACCUAAUGCCGAUCAACUCCUUACAAUCACAAAGCGUGCCAAAUUGAUGGCCUACCCCAAUAGUCCUAGUCGGCAGCCACCGCCACCGGAAUCACCACCACCUGAACUACAUGCACCACCACUCUUUGCACACCGCCACCAUACGCCACCCCUUCAUCCGGCCCUGCUGCAGAAUCCCCCGGGGGGUGAUCACAGUCACGAUCUACAUCAUCCAUCCAACCCGCCCAUGCAUGUGUACGCACCAGCACCAUCGUAUGUGCAUCAUCAGCCAACACCAGCACCUCAUCAUCCACUUCCACCGGCAAUGUCGCCCGAGGAUCCACAUCAUCAUACAACAAGGGAAGAUGCCCUAAACCUCUCACGUCGUCCUGCCAGCCCAUUCGAUGCAAGCAGCGGAAGUUGUGCAAGCGGAACAGCCAGUGGGGAUGAUGAACACUGCUGCGAAAGCUCCACUGUCGUUGCUCCCCCCGUGGUUGACAUUGCCAACAGCCUGCCCCUGAAACUACGUCACAAGAGUCAUCUGGGUGACAAGGAUGCCGCCAGUGCUCUCCUUGCAUUGCAGCACAUCAAGCAGGAGCCCUCAUUGCGUGCCUCUCCCCCAUGGGGCGAUGGCGAAGGCUCCAGCGAUGAGAGGGAUUCCGGAAUUAGCCUCUCCGGUGGCCACGGUGAGCCGUGGGUGCGUAAAAUGCCCCCCGGAACGACCACAACACUUGCCGUGGGGGUUGUUGGGAUACUGGACAAAGAAGAGGAGAAUUGCCACCUAAAGACACAACUGAAACGUCUCGAAAAUGAAGUGGCCAGCAUUAAGAAUAUGAUGAUUCUCAGCAAUGCCAAUGGGGCAACAGCAGCAGCUCAGUGAGCAGCGCAAUAAGAGGAGAAUUAAACAAACGACAUCUUGCUUUAGUAUUAAAUACAAUUUUCUUUGUAAAUUAAAGUGAAAGUCAUAUUGAAAUUUUCUAGAAAAAAAAUCCUAUGCAAUGGAACGAGAAAGACGGAAGGAAGACGUCUAAACAAGCAGAGAGAAAGAAUCAUUCAGAGUCAUAUUAAGGAUGAAGGAAAACCGUGAUAAAUGAGAAGUGGUGUUGUAGAUUAUUUUGCAAUGAUGAUGAUAAAAUUUAAAUCAAAUUAUUAGAACAGAAAAAAAAAUAUUUUUACAUGAAUAAAGAAAAAAAGAAAUUUAAUAAAAUAAUAAUCAAAAUAUUAUUAAAAAGUAAGUUUUAGGCAUCAUCGUGAUUUAUAUUGUCCCAAUUAUUUAUUUUAUUUUUUGAAAUUAUUAUCUGUUAUUUUAUUAUUACUUUCUUAUUUCUAUUUUUUUUAGUGUAUCCACUUUAGCCUCAAAGUCCCCCUGAAUUUAAUUUUUUUUAAUGUAAUUUUCUUAUUUAUCGGCCCUGUAGGCCUUUUUUGUAUCGAUUUAUGAUUGAGAGAAAUAUUUUAUUUUGUGUAAAAUUUAUUGUUGUAACACAAGAAAAAACUAUAUAUAUUCUAUUUUUUACUCCCCUUUA